AUGCAGGAUAUGAGAAGAGAAUAUGGAGUUAAUAUUACCUAUGAUAAGGCAUGGAGGGCUAGAGAAUGUGCUCUUGAUUCUCUUCGUGGUUCAGCGGAAGAAUCAUUUGCUUACUUACCUCAUUAUUGUGCUGUAUUGGAGAUUAAUGACCCUGGUACAAUUACUCAUAUUGAGUCUGAUGAUGAAAAUAGAUUCAAGUAUUUUUUCAUGGCUAUUGGUGCAAGCUUUCAUGGAUUUCAGAGUUCACUGCACCCUGUUAUCGUCGUUGAUGGCACCCAUCUUAAGGACUUCUCACGGUUAUGUAUAAUUUCAAACAGAAAUCCUAGCAUUGAUAGGGCAGUUUCACUUGUACUGCCUGGUUCAUUUCAUGGUGCAUGUAUCGUCCAUAUCCAAUGGAACAUGAAGGCGAAAGGAUUCAACGAAUCUAUCAUCCCUAUAUAUCUUAAAGCUGCUAAGGUAUAUCGAAUAUCUGAGUUCGAGCAUUUAAUGAAUCAAUUGCGUAAUGUCGACGGAGGUAGACCUUAUGCUUAUUUAGUUGAAGCUGGUUUCCAUAGGUGGUCUAGAGCACUAUCUUCUAGUAAGAGAUAUAGUAUCAUAACGACGAAUAUUGCGGAGUGCUUGAAUGUUAUACUACGAGAUGUUCGAAAAUGGUUCAGUGAUAGUCAUCAUAAUGCAACAUCUGUCACGUCUUACCUAUGUUGCGAGUGUGACAAGGAAGUUAGAAAGAGAAGCAAUAGGUCGCAACGAAUAAAUGUUCAACCGAUAAGCCAUAGUGAGUACUAUGUACGAGAUGGUGAUCAACAUGGACAAGUAGAUCUGCAAAACAAGACCUGUUCAUGCCAGGUGUUUGAUCUUGACCAACUUCCAUGUGUACACGCAUGGCUGUAUGUCGAGUUCGGAACAUAUCUUUUUAUUCGAUGUGUUCUCCGUACUAUACGAACGAGGCCCUAA